AUGGCCAACCUCGCGUCUGCUGCCAUCUGCGCCGGCAUCGCACCCUACUCGUACACAGCCGCGGUGCAAGCCAACGCGAAGUUUGCGCCGGCGAUCCACGAACUCAAGAAAUACCCCGUGGCGACGUGGUAUACCGACCGCGGCGGCGACUCGAUCGAUGCGCUCAUGGCCGCUUGCCCCACGGACACGCCCGUCAUCAUCGUGUACGGUCUCCCCGGGAAGGACUGCGAUGCGGGCUUCUCGGGUGGCGGCAGCAAUACCAACACAGACCAGUACAAGGCGUGGCUCGAGAAGCUCACGAGCAAGGUCGGCAACCGCAAGGUCAUCUACAUUCUGGAGCCGGACGCCAUCGGCCUCCUUGCCAACAAGGACUGCGCGACGCAGAAAGGGUACCAGGCCAACCUCCAGGUGGCCAUCCAUGCGCUUGGAUCCAACAGCAACGCGCAGAUCUACGCCGACGUGGCCGGGUGGGCCAACCAAAGCAAGGCGGUCGCGAUUCUCAAGGGCUUUCAGAAACUCACGGGUAUCGCGAUCAACACGUCCAACUACAAGAGCACGGGCGAAAUGAACCAGCUCUGCGAGACGUACUCGAGCCAGACCGGCGGCCUCCACUGCAUCAUUGACACAUCGCGCAACCACAACGGGUCGCCGCAGAACGAGUGGUGCAACGCUCAGUCGGGCGGCAUUGGUGCACCGCCGACGGACCAGACGGGCAGCAAGGUCGUCGACUACCAUCUCUGGCUCAAGGUGCCCGGUGAGUCGGACGGCCAGUGCUACGGCCAGUCGUCCGACUCGAGCGUCGGCCCCAGCGCCGGUCAAUUCUUUCCCGAAGGCUUCCAGCGCCUCUGGGACCAGAGCUACUUUGUGGCGCAUGGGCACCCCAAGAUCGGCGAAGCACCGUCGCCGUCGACGCAGCCCGCGCCGUCGACCCAACCGGCACCAUCGCCAAGCCCGUCGACGGCCUCGCCCACGCCCUCGACGCCUGCCCCAACGGAUGCCCCUAAGCCCUCGACCGAUGCCCCGACACCUUCCACAGCCCACCCGACGCCGCACCCGUCGUCAUCGACGCACCACCCGACGACCAAGCCAACGAAGAAGCCGACGUUCCGUCCGACGACCAAGCCCGGUGCCAGCGUCAUCGAGUGGGAACAGUGCGGUGGCAAGAGCUACUACGGCUCCACGGCGUGCGUCGAUGGCUGCAAGUGCGAGUUUAUCAACGAAUACUACUCCCAGUGCCGUCCCGUGGCCGCGUCGACGACUGAGGUGGCACCGUACGGCCGCUGCGGCGGCAUUCACUACGCGGGCGUGACCGCCUGCAGCGUCGGGUAUACGUGCAAGGUCAUGAAUCCCCACUACUCGCAGUGCGUCCGUGACACGUCGUCGUCAAGAAACGAUACCGACUCGAGUUCGCAAAGCGACGACGAUAGCGACUAA